CCAGUUUACGUUUUCGGCAAAGAAAGCCAUGGCGUCAAAAGGUGCCAAAGAGACCAUCGUCUCCAAGCUUGGAUUCAAAUCCAGCAGCUCGGCCGCGAAGGCUGAGGCCGAGCUGGAAAAAGUCAGGAAGGAGAACGCUCAUCUGAGGAAGAAGAUCGAUGAGCUGGCUAAGCGACACGUCAAACCACCUGACGCAGACAAAAGCAAGUUGCUGGAGAGGAUACUGUCUCUUGAGACGCUGCGAGAGAGAAACAACCAGCAGUUGCUAGUUAAAGAGCACGAGAUGGAAACUCUAAGACAGCAGCUGUCAGCGAAAGGAGGAGAGGUGGUUGCAUCGCUGCAGGCUCAACUGGAGCAGUGGAGAAAAGAGGCCGAGCGGAAAGACGCGUUGUUCCAGAAUUUGUCACAGGAGACGGAGAGUCUCACAAAUAAGCUGGCUGCUGUUUCUGCUCGAUGUCAGUCCCUGGAAACACAGAACGGACAGGUGCCUCCUGCAGACUCGGCGCAGGUGCAAGAUCAACUCAAAGAUGCGUUGGAGAAGAACCAGCAGUGGCUGGUGUACGACCAGCAGAGAGAGGCCUACGUCCAGGCUGUCGUAGCCCGCUCCGUGGAGCUGGAGCAGCAGCUGGCUCAGGCAAAGCUGCAGCAAACCAAGACGGAGGACACGGCAGAAGGUCCAGAGAAAGAGUCUGACCUGAAAAGCCGCUAUGAGCAGCUGCUUUCAGGAGUGCAGAAAAACCUGGAGAGUCAGAAAGAACAGACUGACAGAGUCCAACUGGAACUGAGUGUGAAGAAGCAAGAGACCUUGAAAGCUCAGGCUGAGCUGCAAUGUCAGAAGGAGCAGGUCGCUAGAGUCCAGGAGGAGCUGCAGGCGCUGCAGAGGAGGCAUGCGGACAAGUGCAGCGAGCUGUCUGCCUUUGUGAGGAAGAACGAAGACAAGAGCAGGGAGAUGGAGGAGCUGAAGAUGCAGCUGCAGGCAGAGCGACUUGGCAACAGACAUACGGCACACGAGGAAAGAAAGGUGUCGUCUGAGCGGGCGGACAGAAUGAGAGCAGAGCUGGAGAGCGUCGACAUUAGACUGGAGGAGGAGAGAAAAAGAUCUGCGGAGCUUCUGCUGCAGGUCAAUCUGCUGCAAAAGUCUCUUCUGGGUCAAAAUGAAGAACAGAGAAGAAUUGCAGCACUGGAACAACAGAUUCAACUUUCUGCAAAGGACUCUGAGGAUGAGAGAAUUGAUCGCCAGAGCAUGCAGCACCAGCUGCAUAAGGUGUUGAAGGAGCUUCGCAAAGCUCGCGAUCAGAUUGCUAAACUGGAGUCUGCUAAACAGCCAAAUGCCCGUUUCUCCGAGCCCAGCUCCUACAAUAGUCUGGAGUUUGAGCGUCUCAGCGUGGACGGCCCUCGCGGCCCCACGUCUCCGUCUAAAGUCAUCAACCUGUUGGACGAGAGCUUCCUGGAGUGUCCAAAGUGUCGGGCUCCUUAUCCCACCAGUCGCCACAGGGAGCUCCUGGCGCACAUCGACUACUGCCUGGCCUGAGCUGCUACAUGAUAGCUGCUACAUGAUAGCUGCUACAUGAUAGCAUGAGUGUGUUUAAAAAGGGGAAACCUGAGACCGUCGGGCAAACUAGAAGCUUUUCAGUCAACAGAAAAACACAAUCUUGGUUCCUAACUAGAACCAAAUACCAAUCGGAUCCAAACGGGGAAACAUGAUGGCGGCAUGUGCAGGGUUUGUAUCAAAGCUUAUGUAAAUAACUAGAAUACCAACAAGAACCAAACCAGUUUUCUGUUGCUUAAAAUGAGGAUUAGAAAGUUGGAAACAUGAAUAGUAGAGAUCAAAAGAGCCGGUUCGGAAACUUCACUCCUGCACUCCAUCUAAAGCAUCCGUCCAAAAAACAAACCGAAAGCAACAAAAAGGCAUGUUUUAGAUUCCAACUCCACGAAUGAAGCACUCUUGUGAGCAGAUCACUCGUUACAUGAUCACCACUUCUUUUUUUCUUUUGAGUUUUCAAAAGCCAAGUAAACAUGUCAGUGAUGUAAAUAAUCUUUUUUAUUCCAAGUAAAGGGCAUCUAAAUUUUACUCAGAAUGACCUUUUUAAUCAUGCUUUUUUAAAUCCUCAGGCCAAACAAAAACAUUGUUUCUUUUUUUUUUUUUUUUAAGGAUGAAAGGGAGUCAAAUGGCGUUCUUUUUACAACCGUGAAAUGUUUUAAAAUCAAAGGAAAUGUCUUUCUAAAUCAUCGUUCAUACCUUUACACUUUCACUCCUCACAAAAUACUCCAGACAUUUUGGUCAUUAGGGUUCCACCGGGACACUGAUCCCGUAACCUGCAUCGCUCUUGUAUAGUUCUUGUGAAGCUCUUAGAGUAUUGAGUUUUUAGACAGAAGUAUUUAUUCUAAAGUGUGCUAUCUUUCUUUUUGGGUGAAAAGUUUUAUUUUCCUUCAGUAAAUUAUGUAUUGAUGUACCAGAUUCUGCAUGUGCGGUGGUGUUUUUAUAUAAUCAUGGCCUUAUACUUUUUUUUAUUUUAUUUGGUUCUGUGUGAAUAUUUGUUUACAAGCCUCUUGAUAAUAUAUGUUCCAGUGAGCUGAGUUGCUGUAAAUCCACCGUUCUCCACUCCAAGUUUCAGUAACAUCCCCUGUAGUGGCGUUCUCUAAUAUAUUCCUCAGAGUGUGUAAUAAUGUUUGUUCUGCAGAAAUAAAGUAACAGGGAUCAUUUGUUUAGCUUUUUUGACAAUAUUGAUGAGAAAAACAUGGGGAAAUAUUUUCAGGCAUCAUUGGAUAUUGUUGGUCAGCAGUGUUAUGAGGCAACUUUUCUUAUUUUUUCUUUCUAAAGAGAGAAAAAAAGUGUUCCUCUAUUGCACUAUUUGUUUUCUUUUCUAGCAUGGACUAGAGGAGACGGGGUCCUCCGUCUUGAACCGUGUGACUGUAACCAUGACUAAGAUCCUAUCUUUCUGUUUUCCUGGACCUAACCGGCCCUCAGACUGGCCGCGGCGGGGAGCUUACCUGUCACAUGUGGCAGCUUGUCUACCGUUUCCUCCUACCCAUCUCUGCCUUGACUUCUCAAGCCUGCAGCCGUGUGAGUCUGGGAAUGAGAUUGUAUGAGUUAAUUCCUUGUACUAAACUAUUUCCAGCAGGGAUUACUAAAGGUCUCCUUGGUAGAAAAGGGUUAAGGUGUCUUUAUUCCUGCACUCUUGGCAAUGUGACUAAAUAGACUUAGGACGGACCCGCCCUGCUGUACAGCUGAUCUUUUAGGUUGCUGUUUUAACUUUGGUUGUGUGUUUUGGAAGAAGAUGUUGGAAUUGUUUAGAUUUUUUUUUUUUUUAUGCUUUGUUUUAAUCAUGUGACCCAAAGUUGUUUCGAUGUGCUCUGUACUGUGCAACAAAGUGCAAUAAAGAUGUCAAUCUGCUUCCUGCACAA